GCUACAACCUAAGAAUUUCCCAUAAACCCAAGAGAUAUAUAGUUAAGAAUUUGGGGAAUUGAUUACUAUCUCAACAUUUAAAUAUUGUAAGUUAUUGCUAACUGAUAAACAUGGAAUGUCCGCAACUAGCCGUGGCUUGGGAAUCGUAUCAAAGUAAUAUUUGCAACGGAUUGACCACCCUCCAGCAGCGUGGCGAGUUUGUGGAUAUGACCCUUGCAGCUGAUGGACAUUUGGUGAAAGUACAUCGCAUGGUGCUAUGCCUCGUUAGUCCAUACAUCAAGAACCUUAUAGCCUCUGUAGAUUGUCCACACCCAGUUAUAUUCCUUAAUGAUAUAUCAUAUGAGGUUUUACAAGCAAUCUUACAGUAUAUUUACACUGGAGAGGUGAUAGUCAGCAAGGAGAACUUCAAGUCAUUCAUGACAGCUGGGAGAGCACUCCGCAUCAGAGGCUUGGACGAUGUGGCUGUAAAUGAAGAUACAGUGAAAGGAGACCAAAUCAAUAUGAACGAAUACAAUAAUGAAGUCAGUGAAAACCUGAAUGUAGUAAAAGAAUCUACAGGCACGGAAUCUAUGGAUGAUACAUUGAUUAAUACUGAUGAGGGAAUGCAUGAACCAGAAGCUAAUGAUGGAACAAAGGAGCCAACACUUCAGUAUAGUCUGUCAAACCAUGGUAACUUACAACUGGUACUGAAUAGAUAUGUUUACAACAUGAAAUACUAUAGCCGCAAGUCUGGUAAUCGAAGUUGGAAAUGCGUCGACGGUUCGGGGAAGGAACCACGCUGUCGUGCCUCAGUACUCACCAACAAUUCUAGGGUUGUCAGAAGAACCGGUUUACACAAUCAUCCGUUUCAUGACAAGAAAAUCAUUAAGAAGAUACAACGCGGCGGAACUUUUACGACUUUGAAAGCUGCUCAAACGGAAGUGCAAUUACGACGGCACCAAACAGAGAAUAAACCAAUGGAUAACUUAAAAUAAAUCUGCUUCAUUCUUUUCUUAAUACUGUUUUUUUUUGUAUUGGUAACUAGCUGAGU